AUGGCGAAUGGACGGAAGCCAGCGAAGAAUCGGGCAUGGGGCAAUGAGCUUCCUCUUUUGCAGGAAACAGAGCCUGGUGUUGCGAUGUCAUCGGACAUCAUCAACACAGCCAUACAGUAUGGCUCUGAAGUAACGGUUGACCGUCUAAUCAACAUUAUGGAGAAGGCUGGUCUCAACCUGCCACUGCAAGAUGCCAAGAGGGGCCAAAAUCAAUGUCCUUACUACUCGCACGGGUUGGAACUGUCAUUGUAA